AUGACCCAAGAACAAGUCGCCCCCGCCGCCCCCGCAACUCCCAAUCCUCCCCACGAUCCCUCCCACGAGGAGCACCAGUACCUUGACCUGAUCCGCAACAUCCUCGUGCAAGGCGAAUUCCGCCCCGACCGAACCGGCACCGGCACGCGAGCCAUCGCCUUCCCAAACCAACUCCGCUUCUCUCUCUCCAAGCCGAAUCCCGAAGGCGAAGCCCCGAUCCCCAUCCUCCCCCUCCUCACAACGAAGCGGGUAUUCCUGCGCGCCGUGAUCGCCGAGUUGCUGUGGUUCAUUUCCGGCUGUACAUCUUCUCUCCCGCUUUCUGAGGCUGGAAUCAAAAUCUGGGAUGGGAACGGCAGCCGCGAGUUCCUUGAUAAGGUUGGACUGGGUCACCGCGAGGAGGGCGACUUAGGCCCCGUGUAUGGGUUCCAGUGGCGGCAUUUCGGGGCCGAGUAUCAGGAUGCCAAGGCGGAUUAUACGGGACAAGGUGUUGAUCAGCUGAAAGAUGUUGUGGACAAGAUUAUGAACUCGCCUUUCGAUCGUCGCAUUAUUAUGUCUGCGUGGAAUCCCGCUGAUCUGAAAAAGAUGGCUUUGCCUCCGUGCCAUAUGUUUGCGCAGUUCUAUGUCUCGUUCCCGCCGACUAUGAAGAUUGAUGAGAAGACGGGUCGGCCAAAUGAGAAGGGGACUCUGUCUUGUCUGCUUUAUCAGCGUUCUUGCGAUAUGGGUCUCGGUGUUCCGUUCAACAUUGCUUCGUAUGCCCUUCUUACUCAUAUCCUAGCUCAUGCUGCGGAUCUUCACCCUGGUCAGCUGGUUCAUACUAUGGGCGAUGCCCAUAUUUAUCUUGAUCAUAUUGAUGCAUUGAAUGAGCAGUUGACUCGUGAGCCGACUGAGUUCCCUGAGCUGCGAAUCAAGCGUGAGGACCGGGGUAGCGCAGUUAUUGAUGGGUGGAAGGAGGAUGAGUUUGAGGUCAUUGGAUAUAAGCCGCACAAGAUCAUCAAGAUGAAGAUGAGUGCGUAG